GGCAUGUGUUUCCCAGGCGCAGUAGAAAGCACGCUGCCAGCUCUGAGGGUCCACACAGUGCUGAGAUGAAGAGAAACCCCGGUCAGGAGGAGAGACGCUGCUGAACCCACAACAGACAGGAGCAGCUUCAGCCAGGGAUGCUGAUUUCUGAAGGGAUUUACUGCUGAAGUGGAUGAAGGACAGCCUGAAGCCUCCUGCCAUGUCCGGGAUGGAUGCCAGUCAGAGUGUGAGGUGUAAGAUCGUGGUGAUUGGGGACAGCCAGUGCGGGAAAACGGCGCUGCUGCACGUCUUCGCUAAGGACUGCUUCCCGGAGAACUACGUCCCCACAGUGUUUGAGAACUACACAGCAAGUUUCGAAAUUGACUCUCAGAGAAUUGAACUCAGUCUGUGGGACACAUCAGGGUCACCAUACUACGACAAUGUGCGACCCCUGUCUUACCCCGACUCUGAUGCGGUCCUCAUUUGUUUCGACAUCAGCCGACCGGAAACCCUGGACAGCGUGCUGAAAAAGUGGAAAGGAGAAAUCCAAGAAUUUUGCCCCAACACCAAGAUGCUGUUAGUGGGCUGUAAAUCAGACCUGCGCACAGACCUCACCACCUUAGUGGAACUGUCCAAUCACAGACAGACGCCAGUGUCAUAUGAUCAGGGUUCAAACAUGGCCAAGCAACUCUCAGCUCCCUACAUCGAGUGCUCUGCUCUACAGUCAGAAAACAGCGUGAGGGACAUUUUUCACGUAGCUACGCUGGCCUGCGUCAACAAGAACAACAAGAACGUCAAACGCCACAAGUCCUCCAGAGCCACCAAGAGGACAUCCCACAUGCCCAGCAGACCCUACCUGGAAUCAGUAACCUCAGACAUGCGUAAAGACAAGGCCAAGAGCUGUACGGUCAUGUGAAGGGAGCUGGAGACUAAUGUGGUUUACGUUGGCUUUGGAGGUGAGGAUGAGGGGAAUGAGGCAUGGCUGUACUUUACCCUCCAAAAAGGCUCAAACAUGCAAACAAGCAUUUGGAUUGGAGGAUGGAUGGAUGGAUGUUGUCUCUGCACUUUACGACGUCCUCUACCCUGGUCCUUUAUGCCCCACCUGAAUUAAGCGGUGCCAUGGAAGAAAAGCACCAAAUGCUGGAGAAACGUCUUCAGCAUUUCCAGAAAAUGUUUUUUUUGUUGUUGUUUUUUGCCAUUGAAUGAACUGUUUCCAACCCAGAGGAAGAGGAUAGCAUGGUGACAGUAGUCAGUCCUCUUUCUUGUAGCUCCUGGAAAUGGCACGAUGUUUGAAGUACUGCUCAAGGAACUGAGAUCUGAGAACUGAGACUGUUUUUAUCUUGUUGCUCAUUUUUGCUUUUUUGCAUUUGCAUUGUACUGUGAAAAAAAAAAAAACUAAAAAACGGUUGAAGGAAGGAAGGAAGGUCACAUUCAUACAGCUAAUGAGCUGCUUUGGAAGUCGCUCACAGAAGACGAACAAAAAAAAAACGAAAAAGGCACUUAAUGAAGUUACGAUGUGAUUCAAACACUGUGGCUGAACCUAACUCUCCAUUUUAGUUGUUUCUGUUGAAGUUUGUGUUGUUCAUCUUGUUGAACUGCCUUGAUGAACUGCUCAGAUGGGAAUAGGAUGUGUGUCCGUUAAUCGUCUUGAUGCCGUAGGUUUGUAAAAAAUUCAGCACUGUGCAAAAACUCAGAGACCAUGCUUUAGCUUAAAUUACUUUAGUUCCUGUCAAAAGAGCCAGUCGAUAAAAGUUCGGUCAUUUUUCACAACAAGCAGAAAAUACAUUAACAAAAAGAAAGAUUGUGUCCCAUGACUUUUGGCAUGUCUUAUGGAAUCUACCUAAAGCUGCACGGACCUGUGGGAUGUGUGUGUGCAGUCUCCUACAUUGAAUGUGGAUUCACACGUUACGUGCCAUAGUCGCUUGUCUGUUAGCAAUUCUAGCCUGACACCACUGGUUAUACCAUCAUUACCACCCACUGCACUGUCCACUUUGGGUGGUAAUGCCUUCUAUUAGGUAUUCCAGGUACACACAAGUCUUUGGGGUUUGAGGAAUGAUGCAACAAUGCAAAACUCCCUUCAGGGGUAAUUUAGAACCUGUGGUGUGAGGGUUGUUGUGUAGAUGCUAAAAACAGAGACUUUGUGCAAUAGUGGACGUAGUCUAAACUGUGCUAGUUUUAGCAUUGCUGACAUGAAAAAUCGUUCUGAGCUCAGCUGAUGCAUUACAGCAGACUUGGCACCGCCCAUGUGAAAUGGAAUUGGGCUGAAUGUAAUUCAUACUCAGCCACUGAAGAGUUGGCACAAGUAACUCGGGCUGAAUCCCAUAUUAUACUUGGCAGCCGGGGUUUUAUUGGCACUAUCGGCUCAGACCUGCCGUAAUAUACAGCUCUGGAGAAAAAUUAAGAGACCACUUUAGAUUCUGAAUCAGUUUCUCUGAUUUUGCUCCUUAUAGCUAUAUGUUUAAGUACAAUGAACAUUACUGAGUUAUUCUAUAACCUACGUACAACAUUUCACCAAAUUCCAAAUCAAAUGUUGUCAUUUAGAGCAUUAAUUUAUUGAGAAAUGGCUGAAAUAACAAAAAAGAUUCAGAUCUUUCAAACCUCAAAUAAUUUCAAGAAAAUAAGUUCAGAUUUAUAAAGUUUGAAGAGUUCAUUAUUCAGUAUUUGAUAUCUUGGCAUGUUCUCCUCCAGCUCCUCCACCAACUUUAUGCCACUCCUAGUGCAAAAAUUCAAGCAGUUCAGCUUGGAUGGUUGGUUUGUAAUCAUCCAUCUACCUCUUGAUUAAAACCUCUUGAUUCCAGAGGUUUUCAAUUUGGUAAAAUCAAAGAAACUCAUUUUUAAGUGGUCUCUUUUUUUUUUUUCCACAGAUCUCUCCGCCAAUCUUGCCAGUUUUGGAUAAGCCCUGAUUGGCCCUGUAGUUGGUGGGACAGUUUUGAAAACAUAGUGGUUGUCAAGGACUUUGCUGUUGUCCUUGAGUGAGGGCAGAUAACUAUAGUGAAAAUGCCAGUCAGUGUUGGGCAGGCAUGCUAUUGAUAGCACCUGACAGUGUGUUUUUAAAUGAAGAAACCCCCCUUUUCUUUUGAAGAAUACACUUCUAUGUGGGAACUAGUUUGUUUUAUUAUUUUUAUUGGCUUUUGCCUCCUGUAUGAAUGAGGGUGUACGUCAUAUCUGAACUCCCUUAAUCGGAUCAGAACUUCAAAACCAUGAACUGUUUCUCUUGCUUUUCCUUUUUGUUGUUGUUGAAAAAGCCAAAGAAGUGACAAAAAGGUCAGACUUCAGUGUCCUAGCCGUGAGCAGGGGUUUCAUAUUCAGACUGUUAUGCCUGUGUGCAGUCGUCAGUGUUUGAUCAUGUUGCCUGUGGUAGUUCUGGCGUGGCUUGAGGGCAUAUCAACAGACCUGGUCGUGUGGAUCCAGAUAUUAGUACUGUUUCAAAACCUCAACUCCAGUGCCUCCAUCUGUGUGUGUGUGUGUCUAAGUGUGUGAGUGUGUAUGUGUGUGUACCCCUAGCUUAUCUUGGCCUGGGGUUUCAGUAUUGCUGGACUCGGUGCAAGCAGAGUUCCUAAUACCUCUUCAUAAUCCAUCAGCAUUUGGAACUGCAAGAGUAUAAUCUCAGCUAUGCAAUACGCUGACUCUCGCUCAUAUCAGCAGCCGGAGAAACGUCUGGCCUGGGGAAUGGAGCAAAUCAUAUUUAACACACUAAUAGUAGAAGGACCGGCAGGUUUGGGAACCAUGGCCACUGAAAUUAACAUGAAUUGCUUGAUUUGUUCGCACUAGAGAUGCACCAAAAUGAAAAUAUUCAGCUGAAAUUGAACAAAAUGAAACAUUUUGGCUGAAGCCAAAGGUUUUAUUUCAUUUUGUCAAUUUUGUCACCAUUAACAAAUAGCCUACAUGUAUAUUUGUCUUGCUUUUCAAAGGUAAUUUAUUUUUUUAAAACUACAAUUUAAACAUAUUCACUAAACCAUUUUAAUAUUCCAUCCUAAAAACCAACAAAGCACAAUAUAUUUACCUCAGUAGUGCUGUCAUUCAAAUUUGCAGUGCUUUUCCAGUAGUGCUGUUUUAAUAAUAGAUGUACUGUAGCUAUGCAGUGUUUCUCAAGUCACACCUGAGUGAAAUGUACAAAGAGAAAUGCAGUCAGUCUUUUGGUAAACAAACAUAAGCUAGCUAUGGCCAAGUUAGCAAAGCUAACGUUACUAUACUAGUCCUGUACAGCUUGUAUAUUUCAGCUGGUCUGUGAAAAGGUAGCAAACUAAGUGGUGCUUUUAAUGCUUUAUUUCUUAAGUAGAGCAAAAAAAAUGAACUUAAACAUGUCAUUUGUCAGCUCUCUCUGCCUGGUAUCUUCCUCAUUUCCUGUAUAAGGAGGGGAGAGAAGUGUGGACAUUAGACAUUCUCCAGAAAUUAGGUAAUUGUUUGAAAUAAACUAUUUUUGAGUCCUUUCAUUGCUUUGAAAGGUGCUGUUUUUUGCCAUUUUCAGCCGAAUAUUUUUGUUUGCCAAAUAUUUGGUGCAUCUCUAGUUCCCACCCAGCACUAUGUCAUUAAAAAAAUACAUUAAAACUAUGUUCUACAGCUGUUUAUUUAAACUAUGUUCCAUUUUGGUUGAAACUGAAAAAUGAAUAGACCUCUUCUUGAAGCGGUUAUAGCGAUAUAGAAACCUAUAGAGUUUUGAUGCUCAUUGCUAUCUUACACCCCGCCAACAGUCUAUUUAUAAAAGUUAUCUAUAAUAGGUGUGGAGGUCUGAAAAUGAGGUGUUUACAGGUAGAUUUCUGGUGUAUUGCUGUCUUGGCAACAGAAAACACAGGUGCGCCACUGAUUGAUUUAGAACCCUGACAACGCUCACUCUUCAGAUGUUUAUUGCUAUCUUGGCAAUGUAGGUGCACCAUGUGCGCUCAAAACACACCCAUAAUUAAUUAAGAGAAUUAGUACAUGCCUUUUGCACUUUUCGAGCUGUGCAAGGUAUCCUUUUCCCAUCGUUAUGAGAGCAAAGACACACUGAAACGCCCUAAAUCAAGCUGCAUGGCUGAUGGCUUGCCUAUAGAUCGCUAAAAUAGGGCCCUUAGUGUUAAUUUAACAUGGUAUGUGUUUAAUUUAUAAAUUCACUAAACAUUAACACUAAAAGUGUUGGUUUAACAUUGGCAAAUUUACUGUGUAGGAAAUAAACAGCGUCACAUAAACAGCUUUUUUAAUCACUUCAAAAAGACGUCUUUUUAUCUUUCGCUUUCAACCAAUAUAGAACAAAGUUUCAAUGAACAGCGUUUACCUUUCUAAAUGUCUUCUUAACAACACAGUGCUGGUAGAAUAAAAUACACUUCUGUUGAAAUGAAAUAUCCAAACAACUAAUACUAUUUACCCUUUAGAUCCCUUUAGUCUAAAUCAAACAGAACAAUCAAAAUGAUUAAAAUGGUACCAUCAAUCAGAGACCAUCAUGGAGUUAUUAGUUUCCAGUAUAUUGGCCACAAGCCCAGCUGGUUCAGAACCCUGUGUUACAGUCAUUUCUAAUGAAACAUCAGAUUUCUUAUAAAACUGAAUUUGUCUGUUUAGCUACUCUCAUAGGUGCCUCGAUUCUUCUAGGCAGUUUUUUUUUAUAAGCUUGCAGGUGUUUGCCCUGAUUUCAAAUAUCAAGUGUUAGCUGUAGAGCAUUCACCCUUUUCAUUUUUUUUUUGAUUGUUGGAAUUCCUGUUUGUAUGUGUGUGUAAUGAUGGAUGUUUCUGCAAUAUUUAUUGAAGUCAUAUUUUUUUUUCUUUGAAAAUAAAAUGCAGUGUACAGUA